GUCUAGGGCUUGGCAUAAGCCUCCGUUUGACCAAUUUGUCUCAGCCCUCUUUGUAUUCUUGUCUUACGAUCUUAUAAUAAGCCGUCUAUCUGCCGAGACUUAGUACUUACCAUUCGACUCUUUAAACCUCUCAUCUCACCUUCCACUAAGCUUGUCUUGUUUAUAGCUGAAGUUGCACUUGAUUGCUUAAUGUUUGGUCUACACAAUUCCAUCAAUUCCUUCCUCGCAUUACCUUGAUUGACUUUAUACAGCCUCGGAACGAACCACUAUCAUCAUGUUCGGAACCCGCCCUCUCAUCAGCGACCUUAUGAGCCAGGUCUACGAUUCGGUGGCUUUCUAACAUCGGCUUCUCUUCUUUUAACCCCAGGCUUUAACAAAUAAAAGCCCUCUCUUGGAUAUACAACAGCUUAGCCAUCAUGGGCCGCACUCGUCGAUAUGUCUUGGAUUUUAUCCAGACCCUUCGACCAUCUUUACUAUCUAAAAACCCACACUUCAACUUUAUCACAGCCCACUACCUUUGGAUUGUCGGAUGGACUAUUGUAGGGUCCAUCUUGCUCUUCGCUUCCGGAAAAACCCAAUUGGCUUAUAUCGAUGCCCUCUUCUUUGCUAGCGGUGCCAACACGCAGGCAGGACUCAAUACCGUUGACGUGAACACCCUCAACACUUUCCAGCAGUUGGUGAUCUACUUUCUAGCUAUGAUGUCUAAUCCCAUCACUAUUCAUUCUUCCGUGGUCUUUUUACGUCUAUACUGGUUCGAAAAACGAUUCCAACACAUCGUGAGAGAAGCCACGACGCGACGGGUUUCUAUGGCCAGGUCUCGCUCUAAGUCGAAACCGAUUACUACGGACUUGGAGAAAGGCGUCAAUGGGCGAAAUAUUACGGUGAUGCACAACACCGCUAAAUCAUCUCGUAUGACUAAUGACGGUAUCUUGUUGGAUAAUUACACGAUUGAAGGAGCUACGAAGCAUGAAACGCCCUUGAACGGGUCUUCACAUCACGACGAAUCAGAGCAGGAAGAGGCGGAUCCCAAAGAUGAAGAUCAUCCUAUUCAUCGUCUUGCUCCACAAAUAAAAUUCUCUGAUCAGGUUAGGAGGAGCGACACGCUCGAGUUGGAAGAUGCCGGAGCCUUCUUGCCUUCGAAACGUUCUGAUGCAGAACAUAUUGCAAUUCUAGAGAGACAGCGCAAGGCCGACAAGGGUGUGCUCAGAAUUCCCGGACCCCGAGAGGCCGACGGAGGAGCGCUGCCAGAAGAAGUGGACGAAGAGGGUGCCGACGGACCCGACCCUUCGACUCGUAGACGAAGGGAGUCGAGCGUCGAGGGUCCUCGUCGACCAACUUCACCCUUGCGAUUUGCUAAUCGUCCGGAUCGCCAACCGACCAUAACUAUCGAGGAGCCUUUGCACCCGCGCAGAGAAGAACACGACUUGCCAGAACGAGUGAUCGAGGAUGCCGAGGCGGUUGCCCACGCCCUAGGUGCCGUGAAACCCCAUAAGCCUAGGAAGGAAGGGGAAAAGCUGCACCACACCGAUACGACUACCUCAACUUCUCGGAUCAACCCGCUUCACCGAAUCAAGACAGCCUUGACACAGGGUAAAGAAGAAGACCCACCAUAUUUGAGUUGGCAGCCGACUUUGGGUCGGAAUUCCGAGUUUCUUGGGCUCUCUGAGGAGCAGAGAGAAGAGCUGGGUGGCAUUGAAUAUCGAUCGUUAAAGACUCUUGCUCUCGUGCUUACGAUCUAUUUCUUUGGUUACACCAUAUUCGGAAUGGUCACUCUGGUGCCAUGGAUCGUCAACAACAACGAUUACUAUGGCCAUAUCAUCGAUGAGGCUGGUCAGAGUAGGGUAUGGUGGGGCUUCUUUACUGCGAACUCUGCGUUCAUGGAUCUCGGCAUGACCCUGACCCCCGACAGCAUGAACUCAUUCAAUACGGCCAUCUUCCCGCUUCUGGUCAUGUCGUUUCUUAUCAUAUUGGGGAACACUGGUUUCCCUAUCAUGCUUCGUUUCAUGAUCUGGUUAUUCUCUCUGGUCGCACCUCGUGGCUCCGGUCUCUGGGAGGAACUAAGAUUUCUCCUCGACCAUCCUCGACGAUGUUUUACGCUUCUUUUUCCAGCUAAUGCUAAUUGGUGGCUAUUCUUUAUCUUGGUCGCCCUUAAUGGGGUGGACUUGAUAUUGUUCAUUAUCCUUGACCUCCACGAUGGAGCGGUCGAUGGACUGCCACUCAACAUCCGUUUCCUCGACGGAUGGUUUCAAGCCGUAUCUACCAGAACGGCUGGUUUCUCUUGUAUUAAUCUAGCUCUGAUACACCCAGCUGUCCAGACAUCAUACCUCAUUAUGAUGUAUAUCUCCGUCUUUCCCGUCGCUAUCUCGAUUCGUAGAACGAACGUGUACGAGGAGAAAUCUCUCGGGGUGUACAACACGCACUACGACGCUGAUGACAGUGAACAGGGCAAUAUGUCGUAUGUGGGAACUCAUUUACGACGUCAGCUCUCCUUCGACUUGUGGUAUAUCUUUGUUGGCUAUUUCAUCCUCACCAUUUCCGAGGGCUCACGUCUUAUGUCGGGCGAUUUUUCCAUGUUCGCAGUGCUCUUCGAAGUCGUGAGUGCUUACGGCACGGUCGGACUCAGCUUAGGGUACACCAACGUCAACGCGUCAUUAUGCUCCCAAUUUAGCGUCGUUGGCAAGCUUGUCAUUAUUGCAAUGCAGAUCCGUGGACGCCACCGUGGUUUACCAUACGGACUCGACAGAGCCGUCCUCUUACCUAGCGAACAUCUUAAUCGCAAGGAGGCUGAAGAUGCCGAUUUAAGAUUACAACGUCGCCAUUCCGCCAUGUCUAUUGGACAUCAAUCUCACAGACCUUCAAGCACGGCUAGGGGUCGUAGUCGUAGCGGCGACAGAAGAAAUGUUUUCUCAAGUCUCUUGCAUCCUGGUCCAGCGUAUCCGGCGCAUCCGCCACAUUUGUCGAUGGCGAAGACAGAGAGCUCUAUGGGAUUGGCUAGGCUAGACACCUUGAAGAAAUAUACCUCGGACCCCGGGAUGGAAGAAAACGGUGAUAUACAGGAACCGAUUGUCAGACAGAGGAAGAGAGCCGAUACACAGCCGGCCAUAGACUAUUAGUGGAAGAAAGGUCCGGUUGGAUGGGCGAAGUCGCCGGAGCUAAAUGAGUCUAUAGUUAGUCAAACCGGACGAGCGGCAUCGCAGCCAACGCCAGGCAGCGGUCGCGAUAUCGAACAUUUUAGGCGGCAGUCGGGAUCCCGCAAUCCCCGGUGGCCGCGACGUACAGGACCGAGAGUACAAUGGUAUCUCGGGAGCACAGGAUGAGUAUAUUUCUACACUCUUUUCUCAUGAUGAUGCAAAUAUGGGAGUGAGGGCGCAAACUAGACUAGAAUUGCAUACGACGACGCACAUACAAUAUUAGAGAUGGCAGCUCAGGCUUGGGAUAGAGGGGAUAUGUAGUGUUUCACUUUUCAUUAUAAGCGUCACGUUCAGGUUAUAUGGACUCGGAAGGAUUCAUGGGAACGAACAGGAUAGCCCAUACAGGAGACGCUAUACUGUCCCGUUUUCUUAUCAUCGUUUCGGACGGGCAACGGAUUAUUCUUCGUAUAUAUAUUAUUUCAGCCUAUCUCGGUAGGUAUUUAGCUAGUUAAGCAAUGCGAGCUUCGUUAAUUAUG